AUGGCUGACACCGAACUCAAGAGUUCUGAUGCCCAGAACAAGAAGAAGGAGCGGCCAGCCAUGCAGAUCUAUCGUCCACCGGGUAAGCUAAUUAUGCAUAAAGAUAAUUUGAAUACUAGGGUUACGCGGCGAGAAAAGUCAAGAUGGACCUUCACCAACCUCAGUGAAGCCGAAUGCUGACAAGGUGGAACAAGAUGCAGGUAAGAUAACUCCAGUCUACUUUUGGCAAAAAUUGUGUUUUUUAAUUUCCUUUUUAAAAUUUUUUAAUAACUUUAACUUUUACAAACAAGAAAAGUACUGUAGUUUAUUUUUUAUGUUACAGUAUCAAACGCAAGCUCAGAAUCCAGAGGAUCGUCGACGAAGAGUGAGAAGGCCAAACUCAGAAGCAAACCUCCUGUAAUUAACAUUUCGGCUGAUAAGAAGAAACAGUUCACAAACAAAGACUUCGACGACAUCGUGCAAGGGCUACGGAAGUUGGAGAUGACAAAGGAUCAGAAGAUCGUCGACGACUUCAUUUUGUGUAAGUAUGUAUCUUGUCAUAUUGUAAUCAUUUCUAUUGUUUAGCCAAUAUGGAGGCCCCAGAAGUCGCGGAAGCGUUGUCGCUGUGUUUGACGCGACAAGCGAUCGAAGAGUCUAAUAAACAAACCCAGAGGUCGAUUUCGCGGCUAAUAGCGCUGAUUCUGAACUGUUCGACCGGUAGUAGUUUCCACAAAGGUCUGUUUGGAGCCCUAAGUCAGUACUACGAGUGCAGAAGUCAGCUGAGGGAGACGCAUCUGAAAGUGUGGAUUAACUUCCUCAACUUUCUGAGCGAUGUCUACGCGAGUGUGGGGUUCGAGUACGAGGGAGGACUGGUCGAUUUGUUAUUCAAAGUGCUGGAUUAUAUGCUCGAUGACGCCAUUCUAGAUACGUUGAAAAUAGAAGAGGCAAGGUCGUUUUUUUAUUGUGAAAUGAAUACUACCCUAUAUAACAGAAACUACAGUAAUAUUACCUUUGUAACUUACCCAAAUCAAAAAUCUUUUCUUUUUUAUAAUUACAAAUUAUCUUCAGCUUGAAAGUGUAAUAGGGUGUCUACUGAGCGUGGGAUACGAUCUUGAACGUAACUGUCCGGAUCAGCUGGGUAAUCUGAAGGACAGAAUCCGGGACGCUUUUGUAGCCGCGCACGAACCCUGGACUAGAAAGAUGAUAAUGUUGUUGAUGGAGCUGUCAGCCAGUGGCUGGACCCUGCCUGCCGAAGCUAACGAAUACUACUUCCAAUAG